AUGUCACUCUACAAGCUCGAUCGCCAGCCCUUCCAAGAGCUGUCAAAGUCGCGAUGGUCUCAUUUAAACUUGUUCAUGCCUCAGGAAACCCGAUCUCAGACAGUAACUGGCACUUUGACCGAGAAAGAAACAACAAGUUCUAGUUCCACUUGCAUCUUCCACGGUGCAUCCGACCUCCAGCAACAGAGGAAGUUCACACAAGAAAAGGCACCUUCUCAUCAGAUAAUCUCGGCUCCUCUUGAUUACCUUUGCAGCUUCCCAGGCAAAGACAUCCGAGGCAAGCUGAUUUCCGCCUUCGUCAUCAAGCGGGUGGUCGGCCUACUUCAUUCGGCCUCCUUACUAAUUGACGAUAUCCAAGACUCCUCGAAACUAAGGCGAGGAUUCCCCGUCGCGCAUAGCAUUUUCGGCGUCGCGCAGACCAUCAACUCGGCCAAUUUCGCCUACUUCUUCGCUCAACAGGAACUGCAAAAGCUAGGCAAACCUGAGGCCCUGGUCAUCUUUACGGAAGAGAUGUUGAGACUUCACCGCGGUCAGGGCAUGGAUCUCUACUGGCGAGAUUCCUUGAUCUGUCCCACGGAAGAGGAGUACCUUGAAAUGGUUGCCAACAAGACCGGCGGGCUCUUCCGGCUUGCGAUCAAGCUGAUGCAGAUGGAAAGCCAGAAUACAAAAGACUGCGUCCCGCUCGUGGACCUCCUCGGAAUCAUCUUCCAAAUCCGCGACGACUACCAGAAUCUCCAGAGCGACUUGUAUGCUAAGAACAAAGGGUUUGGAGAGACAUCACUGAAGGCAAAUUCUCCUACCCCAUCAUCCACAGCAUUUGAUGAAUAUUCUGAAGCAAAAGCCCGAAGACGAGGAUGUCAAGCGGUACGCUAUUCGCAUCAUUGA